AUGGUCCUACCAGCCACUGAGGAGACAGCAGACUUGUCCUCUGAUCACAUCAUGUAUGUGGUCAGAAGACUGAGUCCUUUCACUAAGUACACAUUUAGUGUGACAGCAAAAAACAUCAUUGGAGAAGGACCUGCCACAGAAGUUACAGUGAAAACAACUGAACAGGUGCCCAGCUCUGUUCAGAAUGUGUCCUAUCAGAACCUGACCUCCACUUCUAUCCGUGUUACUUGGGAGCCACCGCUCAACCCUAAUGGCAAGAUAACUCACUACACUGUGUAUGCAGAAAAUCUCCUUACAAAUCAGCAAUUACAAAAGAUGACAGACACCACCACCGCAGUGCUCACAGAUCUGGACAAGUACAGCAGUUAUAAGGUACGAGUGGCAGCGUCCACCGCCAUUGGGGAAACUCCAUUGACCGAUGAAGACUACAUCUUCGUUAUGACACUAGAGGAUGAGCCGGAUUCACCCCCGCUGGAUCUGGCCGUAGUGAAAACCACCUCCUCCACCGCUACACUCACCUGGUCUCCGCCAGAGAAACCCAACGGCAUCAUCCGCCUGUAUGAGGUCUCCUACACCAACGGCACAUACAGCAACACAGUCAACAGCACAUCGCCCAGCGCCACACUGCGCUACAUGAAGCCGUACACACAUUACAAUGUGACUGUCAGUGCGUUUACGCUAUACGGACACGGCAACCAGAUUUCUGAUACUCUACAGAUGCUGUCGGGGGAGGAUGUGCCUGGCAGCCCACCUUACGAUUUGACCUAUGAGGACAUUGGAUCCAGCGAGGUCAACGUGUCAUGGUCGCCCCCGCUUCUUGCUAACGGCAUCAUCCUCUUCUACAAUGUGGAAUACUGGAAUGCCACACACAGUCUGAACCAAACCACACAUGUGCCUUAUGUCACCCUGUCCAACCUGCGAAAGUAUGCGCGCUACCGCAUCAGCGUGCAGGCUGCCACACAGGUCGGCAUGGGCAACCACACGAGCGAGAUCCUGAACAUCACCACACUGGAGGAUGUACCCAGUUCUUCUCCAAAAUUCCUAAUCGCCAGGAAAUUGAAUGAUACUGAGGUAGAGUUGUCCUGGAAACCUCCCGAAGAGGCCAACUCUGAGAUUUUAUACUACAUAGUGAGAGUGUGGAAUCUGAGCUCUGAGUUUGUCGCCAAUGUGACGAAGACGUCAGUGGUGGUGAGUGUGGAUGGACUGGGUCAAUACAAUGCCUCCGUGAGCAGCUGGACUCGACUCGGAGAUGGAGGAAUGCUGAUUUACAUCACAUUCAGUACCAUAGAAUCAGCCCCCUCUGACCCUCCACAGAAUGUGUCAUACACACUCCUCACCACCACUACAGUGCGUCUCAGCUGGAGUCCUCCGAACGAACCCAACGGCGUCAUCCAAUACUACACAAUCUACUACAUCCACAAUUAUACAGAGUAUUAUCAGACGGUUUCGGGUUCAGAGCACUGGUGGGUGUUGUCUGAUCUGAAGGCAGGACAUGAAUACAGUGUAUGGAUGAGUUCCAGCACUUCAGUUGGUGAUGGGGGAGUGUUCAGUCCCCGUCUAAACUUCACCAUGUUAGAGGACGACCCUGAUGCCCCCCCUGGUGCCAUAUCAGUGUUUCCUUCUCCCACUGGGUUAAAGAUUGUGUGGGACGAACCGUCGGUCAUCUCAGGGCCCACCUCAUACAUCAUUGACAUCACUGCUUUGGACGGUUCGGUUUAUAACAUAAGCCUAGUGCGGUAUUCAGAGGAGAUCAGGGCGGUGGUUGUUGGGAACCUGACUGCAUUUACCCUGUACUCUAUUACCAUCACCGCCUUCACGGGACAGCUUUCCGAUGCUCGCACAGAUGGCAAAGCAUCUGAACCCGUCCUCGCCAGAACCCUGGAGGACGAGCCCAAAGAUCCUCCCAAAAACGUGACAUUGACGGUGAUCCCAGAGGAAGUGACACGUGUUUAUGUAAUGUUCUCUCCACCGGAUGAGCCGAACGGAAACAUUAGUGCCUACCAUGUCGUCAUCUAUCGCAACGGACAACUGGACUUCUUCAUCAAUAGCCUGCCUGUGAUCAGCAACCCUAAUAAUACCAUGAUGGCCAUUAUAGAUGGACUGAAGGGUGGAUUCAAUUACAGCAUAAGGAUAGCAGCCGUGAAUGGAGCUGGUUUAGGACCAAGUUCAGAGGUUCAGGUGACCACAGGUGUAAAAGCACCACCCAAACCGUCGAGGAGGCCGCGGGCUGCUCUGAGCAACGCAGGUGUCAUCAUCUCUACCUCCAACACCAUCACCAUUGAGAUGCCUGAAUGUUUCUUUGCAGAUGACCAUGGACCAAUCCAAAAAGUCCAGGUCAUUGUUUCUGAACCAGCAGUGAUGGACUACGGUAAUCUGUCAAACUGGAAAAGUGUUUUCCUCUACCCUACCGCACCGUACCUGACCGACGAGGGCUUCUUGAACCCAAAGUGCUUGGAGAAAGCAGAGCGCAUGAGCACAAACACUAAAACAUACAUUAUAGGAGCAGAUGAGGGCUGCCUGUCUGAAGAUGCCAAGACACUUUGUAACGGACCCCUCAAACCCAAAACAUAUUAUGUGUUCAAAUUUCGGGCAACAAACAUCCGUGGGCAGUACACAGACUCGGAGUACUCAGAUAGGGUCAGAACCGCAGAUAACCGCCUGCUGACCAGAGAUGAGCAGAUCAUUCUUGGAGUCCUGCUGUCAUUUUUCCUGGCAUUGUUUUUAAUUCUGAUUAUAUACGGAUCUGUCAGGAUCCACCGCAGGCAGAAGGAAGGUGGGACGUACUCUCCACGCGAGGCUGAGAUCAUUGAGACCAAGUUCAAGCUGGAUCAGCUCAUUGCAGUGGCCGACCUGGAGCUCAAAGAGGAGAAGAUUAACCGGCUGCUAAGUUACAGGAAAUCUCUCAAGUAAGUGAAGGAGACAUCUAUGGUUGAUUGAUUUUCUUCCUGGUGUGUUUCAUAAUUGGACAUUUUCUGCUGUGUGUUUCAGGAGCUGCCGAAGCUGCUUCAGGAUCUGGCCACAUCAGACGCUGACCUGCCGUGGAAUCGCUCCAAAAAUCGCUUCACAAACAUUAAACCCUAUAACAAUAGCCGAGUGAAGUUACUGUCUGAGCCAGGAAUGCCGGGGUCGGACUACAUCAAUGCCAGCUUCGUCUCUGGCUAUCUCUGUCCUAAUGAGUUUAUAGCCACUCAGGGUCCUCUGCCUAGUACUGUCGCUGACUUCUGGAGGAUGAUUUGGGAGACGGGGACCAAAACCAUCGUCAUGCUCACUCAAUGCUUUGAGAAGGGCCGGAUCCGCUGUCAUCAGUACUGGCCAGAAGACAAUAAACCCGUCACUGUUUUUGCUGAUAUCAUAAUCACUAAACUCACAGAAGACGUGCAUCCUGAUUGGACGGUCCGGGCACUCAGAGUAGAGAGGCACGGAAGUUACAUGAUUGUUCAUCAUUUUAACUACACCUCAUGGCCAGAACACGGCGUUCCGGAGUCCAGCUCCACACUCAUCCAGUUUGUCAAAGCGGUUCGCUCACACAGAAGCCAUGACAACACAACCAAUGUGGUCCACUGCAGUGCUGGUGUGGGCAGGACUGGAGUGUUCAUUGCCCUGGAUCAUCUCAUUCAGCAUGUGAGGGAUCAUGAUUUUGUGGAUAUAUAUGGCCUGGUCGCAGAGCUGCGCAGUGAGAGGAUGUGCAUGGUGCAAAACCUGGCUCAGUACAUGUUUCUGCAUCAGAGCACUCUGGAUCUGCUGUCUGCAAAAGGAAACAGUCAGUCCAUAUGGUUUGUAAAUUACUCCGCUCUGGAGAAGAUGGACUCGCUGGAUGCGAUGGAGGGUGAUGUAGAAUUGGAGUGGGAAGAGACGACUAUGUAACAGGGACGUUGUUUCCUGUCAGUCUGUGAGGAGACAUGGGACACACUCAUUAAAAAUCCAGACGCUGGGACAUUGGACCCUGUGGCCAA